AAAACGAAAACAAGACUGGAAGACUGGUAAAUAUCACACUACCACAUGACGUUCUCAAUUUCUUUCCCCAAUCAUGUAUGGCCAAUUCUCUCUGAUUUCUCGCCUCAUCUCUCCAGCCCUCUCUUGCUCUUACCCUGGUGCCAAUGAACGAAACAAUACGGGAACAGGAACGUGGGGUGUGCGAGUCCACCAAGAUUCCAGCCGUUUACCAAGUUUGAGUAUGCUUUCUGACGACAUAUUGGUCGAUCAUAUCUUCGACUACCUGAUGGUGGAAGAUAUUCUGUGCUUACGAGCGGUUAACAAACUGUUUUACAACCUUACGCAUCAUGGUAUAAUAUGGAAGCGAUUUCUGCAAAGGAUCGGACCCAAUGGGCCUGUGCUACCGCCUUCUACGCGAUAUUCUCCUAAUUUCUUGACCUCUUUUGAGGCCGAACGAUUAGUUAUCCGCGCCAUCACAGUCCACAAGAGCUGGAUCCUGCCAAACCCGUUUGCCGCCACUUACCUUCCUGUGCAGGCACAUAGGCACAUAUUAUCAAUGGUCGUACUUCCCGGCGGAAAAUACCUUGUCGCUUCUGCAUGCAAUCUUGCCAAAACUCACUACAGUUUGGUUGUAUAUGUUCUUGAUCACCGUAUCUCUGGCAUCGUCCCUCUAGCAGAAACACCUGUCCGGGGGAAAGCGUACAAUGUAUGCGCCAAGUAUAUGAAUGUGGAAGGCAUACCAAGCAUUCUCAUCGGGUAUAUUCGCCGGAAGAUAUCGAAAAGUCAUCAAAGUGCUAAUAGUAUUGAUCCUUCCAUAUAUAAUCCGUACUUGAACAACCCACGGUUUCAAAUCGAUGCUCCAAUGCCACUGGAGUACGUCGCGACCUGUUUGCAAAUUUCCCUGGACGCACUAGAUGCGUUAGGAAAUCCUCUCCUCGUACCUGGUUCCCAGGAGUUUUUCGACUUUGCUGCAUCACAACCCCCGCCAUUUCGCUUUCUCGGACACCUUCGCAGCGAUUCGGAGCUUCGAAAUGUCGAUCUUGGCGAAGUCGAUGGCGUUCCGAACAUGGUAGUUGCCAAGAUGCCCGAAACGAUCGUGAUGAAGGAACUGACUUCUGAUGGCUUCAUAUCUACUUUUAAAUGCGCACGUGAAACCAUUCUUUCACAACAGGAGCAACCUAUUUGUAACUUCCGGUUAUUACCUUUGCAAGGGCAAAUUCUCGUCGUUCGCUCCACAAAUCGUCCUCAGUUAGCACCGGCCAAUCCCCCGCCUGGCGCUCCACCGAUUAUUCCUGAUGUCAUGUUCACUGUUGCCAUGUUUCCCACGCCCGACCCUGGGGACGGAGAAGCCGGGGAGUUUAACCCGCUUGCAAUUGCUUCAUUUUACGGGAAAGACAUUGAAGACUUCCAAAUAAGUGACCCACAUGUGCUCAAUGACCAUGGUGGCGACACUGAUCGCAAUUUUGUGCCACCUCCUAUCAAUAUCUUCUACAGGAAUGAUAGCGGGGGUCGUAUCUGCCACAUGAUUAUCUCGCCAACCCCACGAGAGAGUGCGCCCGAGGCUUUCAAAUCUACAGGAAAGCCACAUUACGCCAUCGCGAACCUGAAGUCCAACAUGAUGCACCGUCUAUCCUUCAAAAACAACUUGAACGAUGAUUCAAAAACGAUAUGCAGAACGUUCGUCAUCCCAGGAUGUCUGCGCUCUUUAUUUUACUCCAUUCCCCGCGAUACACGCUCAGACACGCUUUCGGUCCGCAAUUUCACCGGCCAUCUUCUAUCGAAGCGAGGGGACGAUGCCUAUAGUAUUAUGCGGCGCGAAACGCUGUAUAAUGUACUCCGAAAUGUUCCCAAGCAUCGCGAAAAUACCCUGGGACAGUUUGAUCUACCUUCAUAUGUCCUCGAUCAUCUUCGCGAUGGUGUGACGGCGAUAGCCUGGGACGAAGGCACUGGGCGUAUUUUUUAUUCCAAGCCACACGAUACGAUGCUGCACAUGCUUGAUAUGGCACAGACACCACUGGAAGCCAUGGAUGGGCAGCGUUAUCCAAUCCCUCUGGAGGAUGAACGCAUGCUCGAUCUGUGAAUUAUACCACCUAAUGGACAUAUUGGACUCGCUCGCAUAAGAACCCACAGCUAAUUGCUUGUUGUAAAUUUACCGAUUGUAUACCAGUAUACUCAGUCUGCGAUGACCCCUCUAGUCGUUCUAACAUACAACAUGGAAUUGAUACAGACAGUUGGACGCAACGAGGUAGAGAUGACGAGCUAUGAUGGUACGGUACGAUGUGCGCAACAGAAGGAACUCU